AUGGUGGUGUUAAGAGCGAGCGAAUGGGCGCUGAAGCGCUUCGUCAAGUUCAUAUUGAAGCGCACGUUGAGUAAGAUUAUCGGUAACAAUGAUGGAAGCGCGAGAGAAAGUCUCGCAUCGAUAGAUAUUGCGUUAUCCGAAGGGAUUUUAGAGUUGAAAGACGUGGAGUUGAACACGAUAUUCGUUCGGGACGCUUUGUUCUCCUCUUUCAUAAACAGUGAAGACGGAAGCGAGAACGACUCGAUAUCGAUUGCGAGCGCAAAGUGCGGCAAAAUAAAGAUAAAGAUUCCUUGGAAUAGUUUGUACUCUGAUCGUUGCGAACUCCUCAUCGAAGAUGUUGCCGUGCUCGUCGUUCGAAGAAGCGCGCGAGGAGGCGAAAGCGCAGAAGGAGGAGAGAUGAAAAAGAAACACCCGGAAAGAAUCCGAAAAGAUAAAACUCUCUUACACAUCUACGAUAACAACGAUUUAUACUCGCACUCUGAGAAUGUUAAGGAAAUAGAACGCGCGCAGAAAUUAAACAAGGACGAAGAUGAUGAUGUAGUAAAAGGAGUUGGUGAGGGAGACGCAAGCGAGGAAGACGAAAAGACAACAGAACCUGGAGCGGUUAUGAAAGCGAUUAAACGAUUGGUACGUGGUGCACUGUUAAGCGUUCGAAAUAUUUCUUUUGAUUUUGAUACUUUUUGCAACAACAAUGUGGAUGAGAAAUCCAUCGUAUCGCUAUUGAUUGAAAGUGGAGCGUACGUGCACGAUGGUCAAGCAGUAAUGAACAUGCGUAGCGUCGAGCUGAGAGUCGGAGAGCACGUUGUUCUCAGUCCCUUUCAUGCGCAACUAUCAAAACGUGAAGAUGAAAGCGAACACUCGACGUACGCUUUAUCCAUAGAAAAUUCAAUCCACGCAUCUUUGACGGAACGCACAGUUCACGCAUUCUCGCAACUUUGCGAGAAAAGUAAUGAGAAAGGGGAUGCAACAGGAGACAGCGAAGCCAUAGAAAAUUUAGUAAAGGAAGAAGAGAGGGAAUCAGGUGAAAAAGAGAAGUGUUUCGUGGAAGAUUCGCGAAUGAACGCUUUGAACAAAAGUUUCUUGGAUUGUAUAUUGGAGGUUAAGAAAAGAAAUCGAACUGGAAAAGUUGGCGACAAGAAUGGCAACGAACACAGCUUCGUCGUAGACGACGAUGACGGCGACGAUGAAUUUUACGACUGCGAGUCUUCUGAGCAUUCGAAUGACUUGGAUAUAGAGAAAUUUACGCGGUCGGUGAUUUCAUCGUUCUACGAAGAAAGUGUGAGUCGCGUUCAAUCGCAGGCGGACUCUAUUAUAGUGCCAUCGUCGACGUAUUGCAUCGCUUUUGGGAGCGACUCGAAGAUGUCCAUGGAGUGGGACGAUGGCUCGAAUCUGUAUUUAACUUUCGAUCGCUCGUCGCGAUUCGUGUAUUGCGAGUCUUCUCUGAUGAAACUAUUCGCGCCGCGAAUCGCGAUGACUUUGCAAGUUGACCAGAGCUCGCCUAUCCUUUCGCUCGAAAUAGUCUCGGAUGAAGUUUUACCCGUUGUCUCGAUCAUCAACAAGAAAAUCAGUCCAGAAGAAGAACGCAUCACGACCUUGACGCUUUCGUCUGUGGGCGCUGAAUUAUUUUUGGACGGUGACACUUUUAUUCGAAUACCAGAGCUUGCGCAUCAAGUGUUCACUCUUACGAAUAGAAACACUCGAAAUCAAUAUAGUGCGCGAGAUGCUGCUUUUGCAAGCACUACUGAUGAAACAAUGGAUAUUGCCAACUCUGCAGAGCAAAUUCUCGAACUUGCUCGAGCUAGUUCGAUUCAGUAUUCGAUGACUUCAACCCACUUGGACGUAUUUUUUACUAGGACGCGCAUGGGACAAAUUGACACAUCAUUGAACUCAUUUCGCAAUUUACCAGAUGUCCACCCGUUUAAACUGAAGCAAAACGAAAUUGGAGACGUAGUCGACUCCUUCUCGAUUGAUUUUCAUAUUGAUUCGCUCGAUGUUAACAUCGACGGGAAAUCGGAAGCCUCGUUGAUUUUACCAGAAGAAAGCGAUGUGUUUGCUUCCGCAUCAGAGAAAUUACCGUCGCUUUCAUCGAGGAAAGGCACGCGUUUUCAUGCUUGCUUUACUGAAGUGGCUUUUGUAGCAGCCUUGGCGGUAUGUGGUGAUCAAGAUGCAAAUUUUUUGUCGUUCACGUCCUCUCGCAUAUCGAGCUAUGGCGGCGACGAUGCGAAUAGGCGAAUAUUGGCCGUCGAUACGUGUGCAGUACAGCUUUCAAAAUUACCUGUUUUGGAAGAUUGCGCGUACUCACAAAUUUCAUCUCGCAUUUUUGUUAAUACUUGCGAUAUAUGUCUCGGGAGGUCUUCUAAUUCCAAAGAUAAGUGCUCACGAGAUGGGCGUGCUCUCUUCGAGGCGUUAGUUUAUUCGUUCGGGAUGGAUUACGGCGAUACAAGUGAGGAGGUAAAUAGAGAAGAACAAAAGAACACAUCCUCCGUCGUCGUUGCGGAAUUCAGGUCGCGCCAAACGAAGACACUUUUAAAGUUUACGAAAACUUUUUAA